AUGGGAGGGAGGGAUGGAUUGGAGGAGGGAGGGAUGGGGCGUGCGGGAGGUUGUGGUGGGAGGGAUGGAGGGAGGGAGGGAGGGGGUUUAGGAGGGAGGAGGGAGCUGGUAGGGGGGUGGGAUUGGAGGGAGGGGGUUGGCUGGAGGGAGGGAGGGGGUGCUGUGGAGGGUGGAUGGGAGGUGAGGGAGGGAUUGGAUGAGUGGAGGGGCGUGCGGUGAGGGAUGGGCUUGGGAGGGUUUGGUAGUGUGCUCUGUGGGGUUCUUUGAUGUGCGUGGUUUGUUUGUUGAGUGUUAGGGAGGAGCGUUUUCUGGUGAGGGAUGGUUAGGUCGGUUUUCGUAGGUUGGAUUUGCUGUGAUGCUGGUAGGUUGCUGGGAUUAGGAUUGGCGGUUGGAGAGGUGGUCGUUUUGGUGAUGUGUCUAUUGUCUGUUCUGUAUGUGCGUAUGUUCUUUAUUUGUCUUCUUUCUUUCUUUCUUUUUUCUUCUUUUUUUUUUUCUUUCUUUCUUCUUUUUCUUUCUUCUUUCGUUCUUUCUUUCUUUCUUUCUUUCUUCUUCUUUCUUUCUUUCUUUCUUUCUUUUCUUUCUUUCUUUCUUUCUUUCUUUCUUUCUUUCUUUCUUUCUUUCUUCUUUCUUUCUUUCUUUCUUUCUUCUUUCUUUCUUCUUUCUUUCUUUUUCUUCUUUCUUUCUUUCUCUCCACUAAGAACCGAAUGUGCGAGCGCUUCCAGGGACCCGAGAGACGGGCCCAUUAACUGUGACUUUCAUCAUCCCAAUGGGGGCCCGGCCGCCGUGAAACAUUCAUUAAAUCCUCAGGAGGGUUUCACGCAGAAAAAGAAUCAAAUUAAUUGCAACAAGGGUUGCGCAUUUGUCUGGGCACUGUCAUUCCGAAGAAGAGCAGGGAAGUUAGAGAAAGGAGGAGGCGGUGGUAGAAGAGGGGAGACGAGAAGACCAUUUCGCCCAUCUGUUGGGGGACUGGUAAGUCCUUUAACUCCCUUUGUCAUUAGGGUGACAGGUCAUUCCUGAGCUGCCUUCUGAUCUGGCACCCCUGUUCUCACCCCCUUCCUGUGUCACUGCCACAAGAUGAACUAGGGUUGUAUUCAUUAAACACCAAAUGGAAGAAAAGAGAUUGAAACAGGGGACUACCUGGACGUUUCCAAUAAAUAAAAAAAAUCCAUUUUGUAUUCUGUUGUUAAAUGAACACGACUCUGGCUGGAAAUGAGACGCCACACUCUACCCUAAAACGCUACUAUUCCACUUUUUCCUCUUUGUGCUUUGCUGAGCCUCAAACACCUUGUUGGGUGGUGUUCGGCGUAAUUAAAAGGAGGAGAGGUGAACGUGGUAAAGCCCAGAGGGGGAAUUUACAGGAUGCUAGCCUAAAGUUAGCCGUUAGCGCCCAGCCUGCCGCUCUAAAUGGAUUCAGCCCGCGCCGCAAUAGAGCCGUCCUAUCUGAUGCUCGUUACAUGAGAGGUGGCUGCACUUACACGCCGCUGCCCUAUAAAGGUAUCACGCACACACGCAUGUACACACCUAGCCCUGUUUGUGUGCUAAUGGCCGGCGUACACACACACUGUUUUUAUCUCGCCACAGUUUACAUUCGCGUCACCCUGAGAUACGUUAAUGGCACUCUCCUGCUUCUCAUUCGGUUAGCAUACAUAACCCCUAAAGUGCAGGUGUCUCAUGAACGGCGUGGUAAGUAGUGUUGCCAAACCUCGUAAGCAGCCCAUUGGAGUGUGUAAUGUGAUUAUAGCAUAGCAUCUAAGUACUGUUUUGUGUUCAGGAAGUCCCUAAAGGUUCUCAAUAAAACCUUCCCCUGUUAUAUGAUCUGUUUAGGGUAACAACUGGAGUUAGACGGUUAGAUGGAAAACAGACGAUUCCAGUUGUUUGCCUGUAAAUGCCAUUGUUUUUCCACAGUCUUAAUGAAAUGGGUGAAUGGCUACUGUUUACAGUUUGAUGGUAUCAGCAGCCAUUUAUUACACCCAACCGACGACACCCAGUGUAUCUCUGCCAUUGUAUCGGGGGUCGUUCAGUUGGGUCGUUGUGGAGCACGCAUUUGUGUCGCGGGUCCGAGACUAGUGAAAGGCCGAUGUCAUACAGGGGGCUCGUUCUCUUGGGAAUAAAUGUGCCCCAACACUGGUGACCCUCGGGGUUUAAACGCUGGUAAAAGGUGUCGUGGGAGAUUGUGCGAUUUCUAAGAGCACCCGGUCUUAAUUCAGCUCUGCCUCCAGAGUCAAUUCAGACUAGAUUCAUUUGGUUUGGGAGCAAACCUUACUCUUCUCUUUGUGUCGCUGACCUGAUCAGGGGUGUUACUGGAUCAGCCUUUUGUCUGAUGCCGCCAUUGUAAGCGGCGGUCAAAGUGCAGAUCCAAGUACAAGGAAGAAAUUACUGAUCACGCCACGAAUAUAAACACUUUGAUUUGGCGACUACAUUUCUAUUAACAUUGUGUGUUAGGCUAACGUAGGGGGAGAGCUGGCCAUUCAAUUAGGUGUUUUCAUUUCUCUCUCUUUCUCACUCUCUCUCUCAUUUUUUUGGGUUGUCGUGUUUUUCCCCGGUAUCUCUGAAAACGGUUUAUUGUUUUUUGUUGAUUUUCAGCUAGGCAAUUACUGUAGCGACACUGUAAAUUACAAGUUCUCUUUCUCUCCAAUCUUCCAGGCUUUGUGUUCCUUCUCAGUAACCUUGGUUUUCCAGUUGGUUGAAUGGAAUUAAUAGAAAAACAUGUCUUAUAGCUGAAUUAUAUCUCAUAUACUAUUCAUGUUACACUGUAGCAAGUGUCCAAUCACAUCUAUUUUGAGGAAUUAUAGUUUUUUUCUAUUUUCUUGUGGUAGUACAUUUCCAGUUAUUAAUUUUGUAUUGUGAGAAGAGACAUUUAAUUUUCCAUCAAUGACAUGACAUGACAUACUGUAAAUAAAAGGGUUGCUUAACAUGUAGCUAUCUGUAACAAGGAAACAUAUUCUACAUAUCUGUCUAGAUAGAUAUGAACACAUCCAUCAAAACAGACUUGAUGGAACCAACCAUGUUUUAUGGAACCAACCAUGCUUUAUGGAAUGGGUGUAAGCAGCUUGAAAUAUUAAAGAGUAACGUGCCAUGAUUCUACAUGAAGGAAAGGCAAAGAGUUCCAUCUUCAGAGUCCCUGGUCGAACAUCAUUAGGUUUAAUGGUAUGUUUUGUUUUUCAGUGACUUGUGGUACAAUAGAAUGUACACAAAUAUUGCUGAUAAUAACGUGCUAGAGCAGCCUGUUAUUUAGACUGUUGGAUUGAGCCCUAGGGUGUCAACAGCUAACCCCCACGCCAGCCUGGCUGUUUAUACAAUGAACUCCACUAUCUGGCUCUUAUGUCUAUGUAUGAUUUGUUUUGAAUGUAGCCUAGAUUUCUUGUCAUGGUUCGACAGCUUCUCCACAUGGUUGAAUUAAUUAGCCUUCACCGAGGUACACUAGCUAGCCAGUGAGGAAGAUGGCUAGCCUCGUCUCAGUCUCCGUCUCUCUCUAUGUGUGUACAGCUGUUGUGGAGGCUUCCUCCCAGCAUCACCUGCAACACUGUCAUUAAACUGUUUGAGUGGAAUGGCUUAGUAUUUCCCCUCUCCCUCCCCUUACGCACCAACUGAUCACAGAAACCAUCAGGCAGACUUGCUGUUUUUUAUUCAUCUAUAAAGACCAAUUAAAAUCGCAAAUGGAGCUGUCUCAGUCAAAGCCUUUAUAGGUCAAAGUUAUGGGUAUGGGCUGUGUGUUUUUGGCUUUUAUUUUCUGGUAUCGGAGAGAAUGUGGAGGAUUCACUGUGGUCAGGAAUGCUCCAGUUCCUUUAGAAAAUGUGCGUUCUUGCAGUGCAUAAGGAAUGAGGUUUUGAUUUUGAUAGCCACACAAAUCAGGAUGUGUGUUGAUGUUUUUGUUGCCCAGUAGAACAUGUGUAAUAUUGAGAAAUAAGGACCCCAACUGUAAGCUCGGUGUGAAACCCAGGGUGCUGUUAAUGUUCAUUUUCAGCAGAGUUGAGGUCAUGUGCUCUUCUUUCUUCUCUCCAUCCCUCCAUCCUUACAUCAAACUGUGACAGAUGAGAUCUUUUUCAGUGAACCCGCUCUUCUUUGAGGUGAUGCCACUCUCUCCCUCUCUCUUUCACUCUCUCUCUAUCUCUCUCCCUUUCUCUCUGCGCUGGCUGACAGCUCGUCAGUAGCCCCAAGGCUCUCAUUCCGAUGCGCUUCCUACAUGAUCAGCCAUACAUACAAAUACAUGUGUUUAUCCCUGGAGAAUCUAGAACAGCUCCGCUCUGUUUUACCACAGGGUUUCAUUAGCUAUGUCAAAUGUAGACGACCGUCCGCAAUGAUUAAAACCGUUACAUGUUGAUAGUCAUAGUCAUAUGUAAAACAUAUUUAUGCUUGUUUGGCAAUGUGCAUCUAUGAAAGAUUAAUUCCUCAACUGAAUAAAGAGGAAAUGAACUGCGUUAUUGUUUAAUGUUAAAGACAUGGCAGCUUAUUGUAAUGGAGUGAUGUAUUGUAAUAUGGUGAAUUAUACGGACUUGUUAAGCCAUUUUAUGAGUAUAAAAAGCUUGUUGAACAAUUAUAUCAUUCUAUGAGUAUAAAACGCUUGUUGAACAAUUAUAUCAUUCUAUUUAUUCUUUAUGUGGCACUUGUAAGCCUUUUUUUUCUCAAGAGAAGAACAUGUUUUUCAAAUGUCAUUAAAUCCGCUUGAUAUCCACGUUGUUGCAACAUACCUGCUGCACUCCUCUCUCUACCCGUUGCUAGGUUAUAGCGACAGAAAGGAGAAUACAGCUUUGUGAAAGGGGUGAUAUUGUAACGAGAGACUAUACAGUGCCUUCAGAGUAUUCACACCCUUUGACUUUUUCCACAUUUUGUUACAGCCUGAAUUUAAAAUGGAUUACAUUGAGAUUUUGUGUCACUGGCAUACACACAAUUCCUCAUAAUGUCAAAGUGGAAUUAUGUUUUUCGAAAUGUUUACAAAUUAUUUAAAGAUGAAAAGCUGAAAUGUCCUUAGUCAAUAACUAUUCAACCCCUCUGUUAUGGCAAGCCGAAAUAAGUUCAGGAGUAAAAAUUUGCUUAACAAGUCAUAUAAUAAUUUGCAUGGACUCACUCGGUGUGCAAUAAUUGUGUUUAACAUGAUUUUUUAAAUGACUACCUCAUCUCUGUACCCCACACAUACAGUUAUCUGUAAGGUCCCUCAGUCAAGCAUUGAAUUUCAAACACAGAUUCAACCACAAAGACCAGUGAGGUUUCCAAUGGGGCAAAUACAACACAUUACUGAGUACCACUCUCCAUAUUUUCAAGCAUAGUGGUGGCUGCAUCAUGUUAUGGGUAUGCUUGUGAUCGUUAAGGACUGGGGAGUUUUUCAGGAUAAAAAAUAAAUGGAAUGGAGCUAUGCACAGGCAAAAUCCUAUCGGAAAACCUGGUUCAGUCUGUUUUCCACCAGACACUGGGAGAUGAAAUCACCUUUCAGCAGGACAAUAACCUAAAAAACAAGUCCAAAUCUACACUGGAGUUGCUUACCAAGAAGAUGGUGAAUGUUCCUGAGUGGCAGAGUUACAGUUUUGACUUAAUCUGCUUGAAAGUCUAUGGCAAGACCUGAAAAUUGUUGUUUAGCAAUGAUCAACAACCAAUUUGACAGACAUGAAUAAUAAAAAUGAUAUUGGGCAAAUGUUGCACAAUCCUGGUGUGGAAAGCUCUUAGAGACUUACCCAGAAAGAUUCACAGCUGUAAUUGCGGCCAAAGGUAAUUCUAACAUAUAUUGACAAAUGGGGUUGAAUCUAAUGAAGAUAUAUUAGUGUUCAUUUUCCUCUUAUUUUUUUUAUUUCUUUUUACACAUUUUUCUUAAACUUUAAGUAUUUUCUGUAGGUUGUUGACAAAAAAUGACAAAUCAAUUUUAAUCCCACUUUGUAACACAACAAAAUGUGAAAAAAAGUUAAGGGGUGUGAAUACUUUCUGAAGGCACUGUAGCUAUCUCUAAUCAAAGGCUACUAAUUUAUAUGAAAGGAUAUAUUUCCAAGUACCACCGCUUUUCUUCACUCCCAGUCGCUGUCAUUCUUUAAUGAUAUUAUGAAUCCCUGAUAAGAGCCUUCAGUGGACGUUAACCUCACAGGUCAUACACAGCUCCGUCUGUGGUUUUAUGGCACUCUGAUAAUGGAGAGACAUUACAGACCAUCUCCAGCAGGCCUCUGUCCCUGUGUCCAUCCACAGCCAUUGCCGCGGGCCCCACCGCUGAAGUUCCAGAGCCCCCACUGCCAAACAUUAAGAUUUAUCUCAGCAAAACGUCAACUAGAGUGGGUUUUAUUCAGUGGUCUCUCUGCCUGCUGCCUUGGACAGAAUGCCUUGCUCCAGGGGAGGGUUCCUUUCUCCUCUGCCUCCCUAUCCUGUGGCCUAGUGGCCGUCAGGGGCCAUCAGUGACACCACCCAAUCAGAGGGGCCAACACGGCAGGAGCUUUUACGCUUUUUAUUUAUCUGUUUGUGGGCAAGUGUUCUCUUUAACACUAGAACCACCAUAGGCCAACGGCCACUAACGUUUGAUUUACUAAAAAAAUUGACCCCCCCCAAAUUGCCCUGCUCCUUCCCUGACAUUUCCUAAAUGUUUGUAUUUUACAUUGCUCACUUGUCAGAAUCACAAACAGAAAAUAGCCUUUUUACUUUUUUUUUUUACACCUAUUCCCAACUUAACCGGCCACGACAAUGCACUGUAAGACGUUGGUACCCAGCCAGGCACUAAUGCGUCUCUCUCUCCUCACUGAAUGAAUUACAAAUGGAUGAAUGGGCGAUAACUGUGCUUGUUACUUCACUAUUUAAUUUUAAAUGAGGCCUAACUGAAUGAUGAAGGUGAAAGGUUAAUUUAAUUUAGAAUGACAGUAGUGUAAUGAUGAGUGUGUUAUGCCUAUUUAUCAGCUUUGGCGCUCAUGUUUAUAGCAAAUAAUUUGACCGCAAGUUGAUUAUAAUUUUAUUUUACGUUCUACUUUCUAAAAAUAAGCUGUUUUAUUUACUAUAACUCUAUAAUUAAUCAAAUCUAUUGUAAUGGUAACAAAAAAACAUGCUACAUGUUGCAGUAGGCCUUUAGAAUAAUGCAAAACAUAUCCUUGACUCUAUCCAGGUUGAUGAGCGAAGGGAAGCAAACGAUGCCAGCCCCACUGAACGAAUGGGCGAUAACUGUGCACGUUACUUCACAAUCUAAUUUAAAUGAGGCCUAACUGAAUGAUAAGGAGGGUGAAGAGGUUGAUUUUAGUUUAGAACAACAAUAGUGUAAUGAUGAGUUUGUUAUGCCUAUCAUCAUUGGGGCUCAUGUUAAUAAUUUGACCGCGCGCCUUGCGGGUUGAUACCAGUCUCUUGUGUUUUACUUUGUAAAAAGAAGCUGUUGCGGGACUGUUUUAUUUACUAUAAUGCUAGUACUAAUCACAUUUAUUGUAAGGGAAACAGUACAGUUGCAGUACACCUUUAGAAUAAUGCAAAACAUAUCCUUGACUCUAUCAAAGUUGAUGAGCAAGGGUGAACAAACGAUGUCAGUCAGCCUGCACAGCCGGCCCUUCCAAACUACACCUAAACUAUAACAAAACUAAUUACACUUUUUAUGAGUUAGACCAGAUUAAAUGGACUAUUGUCUAAUUGACAGUAUUAUUAGUUGUCAAGUUGUACAUGAAGAGAUGGAUGCAGCUUGUAAUAGACAGAUGCAGGGAAAGGAGCAUCACUUUAUCAAAUCCUCCUUCAGAGUCACAUGCAGGUAAAACUUUUUGAGUUCUACAUAGUAUCAGAAAGAGCAUAUUCUGCAGUUUCUAUGGCCCUUUUGUCAAAUAACUCUCAAAAUUCAAGAGGUGCAGCUCUAUUACCAAAUUUAACAUUUUCCAAGAAUAUAUGCACUGUCCAUGCGUUCAGCACAUGACCACUAGAGGCAGCAUUGCUCUGGCUACUAAGCAGACUGGUAACAUGCUGUAAUAAACAUCACAUUCAUUUUCUUAUUUCAACAAUGUUUCUUUAGACCUGCCAAAACAAAAUUAUAAUGGACUUCUUUGUGAUGGACUUGAACUAGUGGUUUGUCGUUUUUACUGAUAGCCUAGACCAGGGAUAUUCAACUCUGACCCUACGAGGUCCGGAGCCUGCUGGUUUUCUGUUCUACCUGAUAAUUAAUUGCACACACCUGGUGUCCCAGGUCUAAAUCAGUCCCUGAUUAGAGGGGAACAAUGAAAAAACGCAGUGGAACUGGCUUCGAGGUCCAGAGUUGAGGGGCCUAGAGUAACAUAAACUAAUGAAAAUGCUGUUAUGUUCUUUGAAAUAGUUUUUGGCUGGAAGUGUCCAAAAUUGGCUUUAGGCCUACGCUUUUCACUAGGACUUUGUAGAAUUAUACAAAACAUAUCCUUGACUCUAUCUAAACAAAUAACUAUUGUUGUUAAAUUUCUACAUGGAUAUAUUUCCAUGAAUAUUUCUUAAUGCAUUUCAUGCUUUACAAUAGUUUAUGCACUAUUUAUCAAGCCUUGGUGCGGAUGUUUGCACACGUUGCGGGUUGAUAUGUAUCUAAUGCAUAAUCUAAAUGAGACGCCCGGAAACGUUCUCAACAUUCUCUAGCGGCUGAAAGGUUCUAGUGUUAAAAGCCUACAUUCUCUAGCGGCUGAAAGGUUCUAGUGUUAAAAGCCUACAUUCUCUAGCGGCUGAAAGGUUCUAGUGUUAAAAGCCUACAUUCUCUAGCGGCUGAAAGGUUCUAGUGUUAAAAGCCUACAUUCUCUAGCGGCUGAAAGGUUCUAGUGUUAAAAGCCUAUAGUCUUUUUUUUUCUAUUUGUUUUCUCUCGUCAUCUGAUUCAAUUCAGGUUUUUCAGGUUAAACUUUAAACGGCUCCAAAAGGCUACGCUUAUGCAAAGAACUGGAAUAGAAAGGGAUGAAAUGAAAAAUAUCUAGCAUAGCGUUGGAGAGAAACGCAGCAAUUGGAGGAGUACGUGGGGAGUGUUGUGACCAGGCGGUGGCAUUAGGUAUGCAUGUGGGUCAUGGAUGGGAACGAGCACUCGUGUAGCGAUGGGGGGCAAGGGAUGGUGGGAUGGGGGAGAGGGGGGGUAAACAACCAUAGCUCAUACUGUAUCUCUUCACUCAGCACCUGCAUCUCUCUCCCCAUUCCCCUGCAUCUCUCCCCAUUCCCCUGCAUCUCUCUCCCCAUUCCCCUGCAUCUCUCGCCCCUUUCCCCUGCAUCUCUCUCCCCCCUUUCUCCUGCAUCUCUCUCCCCGUUCACCCGCUUUUCAUUUGUCCGUCUCUCUGGAUUCAUUCUGUUGAUUCAGGUAGUAUAUUUUUUUAAGUGUGCGUUUUAAAACGGGAGGCUAUAAUCCCCUUCAUUUUUUUUCUAACUAUUACGCCAAUGCGAAAACGUCUGUAGCCUACAUAUAGACAGUGCAAAUCUUGUACACUAGACAACAUUAGCAUUUAGCGAGCAAGGCCUCUUCGCGAUGCCACCUCUGCCUAUGCAACUUCUGCAUUGUACCACUGCAGGGUCUCUACCCACCUGUGUGUGUGUGCCAGCCUACUUUGCCAACCAACACGUCCAUCAAAGGGAAUCUCUCAUGUGAAGCCGUGCGUUUCCCUCCCUCUCUGCCAGUGUCACUCAUCACCCGGCCCCUUCAGCAGCGCAGCACGCUGCCGCUUCCUCUGUCGGGAUUGAUGACAGCCACACUGUCACAAAGUGGAGACAAUCUGUCAUUUGUCAUCCCCCUCUGCGGCGGUGCCUCGCUGAGCCAAGAUGGCUAGCAUUCCUUCAUUCUCUUGUUUUUAGUCCAAAUCUUGACACCAGAUCAUUUUUUAGGGUUGGGCUGAAAGGUUCAGCCUGCGAGCGCUUAGCAGAACAAAAUAAACUAUUGUGGAACAUCGUUAGUGGAACUUUUUUGUACUUUGAAGUGAGACCGUUCACUGGAAGCUCUUGGAGUACUUGUAAGUUUGGACAAAAUCUUACUGCCCCCUCCCCUCCUAUGUUCACCUGAACCUCUCAAAGUAUUUCUUAACCUCCAACACUGUGCUCCUCUGGCGGAAGCAGGGGACCCAUCGAUCCAACACCUUGGGCAACACAUCAGUCCCUCUCCCUGAUUGGAGAGACUGUGAGGAGCACUUUCACAUUUAUUUUCAAUUUCCGUUGCGCUCGCUCUCCACCGCCGCUCCCCGAGACAGAUCGAGUCCUGACAUUUGCAGGGAAAUGGGCUGUGCCACCGCGCUUUGUCAAAUCCCACAGCUGUUUGGGGAAGGGUUUCAAUCGCCCGCUUUCCCAGGUGGGUACAUGAAACACAGAUCCUUUUAGAAAGGCGCCAAGCAUCUCAAAUGAAAAAGGAGAUGGAAGCGUCUUUCCCCUAUUUGCCAAAGUCCCCAAGCAAGAAUUGGAUUUGAACAUAGGGACAGGGUUAGUGAAACUAAAUGCCAUUUUGCAUUGCCUUGAGAAACUCAAGUUUUAAACUCCUUUAUCUCAAGAUGAGGAAUGUACUUCGUUAUUCCUGUCCAAUCUGUCACUGCUGCUGCUGUUGGCACGGUAACACUAUAGUCCCCUGACUCCAUGCAGAUGGGGAAACCUUGGGCUGUGAGUGUUUGUCACCUCCCAAGCAUUCAUGUUGUCUGGAUUGCUCUAUUCCACGUCAUUAACUUUGCCACCCUCUGAUUAGCGCUCUUUAUUAAAAACUAAGAAAGAGAAUGAGAAGAAAUAAACAAGUAAAUGAAGUCAACAAAAACACGCAAAUUGCAGCAACUCGUGUUUUUUUCUCAUUCUGCCUAAUUAAACAAGCGUCGACUCCGCCACGGCCCUAAUGUCAACCAUUAAACACUAAGCUUCAAUUACAGAGUAGGAGCAGUACUUAAUAUAUCCCCAGGUAGCCAUUGUUCACAUUGCACCCUGCACUCCAAGACGGAAGCCAUGCUAGAAACCCACCUUCCCUCUCCUCCAACCCCCAUACUAAAUCACCUAUUACCCAGCGAGAUGACAACGUGCAUUAAAUGUUGCUUUUCACGGCAAACCAAAUUUGGAGGAACAGUUAAAACUAUUAGCUUCCUGUCGAGGGCCUCAAAUAAAUGUUUGGUGGCAGCGAGGAGUCAGGCACUUCCAUACGGAGCGAGCCGGUUGCGAAAUUGAAUCCAAGCAGAUUGAUUUGGCGACGGUGGCGGGAGAGCUUCAUUAACUCAUAGCUGUCCAUUAGCCACUAGUAAUUCUCUCCGGCUUUUUAGGGAUUGCAUGCCGUCUAAGGGCUGAGCGGCUGUGUUUACCACAGUAAAGACAAAGGGAAAGACAAUUAUACCACCCCACGCUACCCCCCACCUGCACCACCCCCCCAGGCAGGUAGAACACCACUAAGUGGAGGUUGAACACUCAAGCUGUUAACCGCCUUGAGAAAAUCACAUUCCGCCUCACCGAAUUCUAAGAAUCCUCUCUGCCACGACAAAUAAGAUGGGCCCAUAUAAUAAUCCUUCCCUUCACAAAUGUUCCAAUGUUUUCUCUCCUUUGUGUCGUUUUUUUUUCUUUGUCUGAGGCUGUUUUUUAUCUCGCAUCUAACCGGUGAUCCAUGAAGCGUUUGUGUGCUUGGGGUUUUGCCUCCAAUUUAAAAGAAACUGUGUAUGACUUGUCUCCCGCUCUGCAACAUGAAUGCACUAAAUUGGCUCAAUAGAGUCUGCGAUAACCAUCUCCCUCUGUAAUUUCAAAAGGCUCUUCCCAGACACUUUAAUUUGUUCCUUAAGUGCAGAGACGGAGAGAGGAGAGCGCGACCACUCGGUGACAAAUCUCUGCCUCCCAGGCUCGCCUCGCAAUUGAGACAAAUGCAGAUUUAGAUGACGACAAGAGACAGUAAAUUCCAAAGCUGGUUUUUGCAAAGUGCCACAGUGUCUCAUAUUUAGGCUCCCGCGGUUAAAGCGAGGGAUAUUGCACUCUUCUUCAGAGUGUUAUUACUGUCAGGAAUCCCUUUGUAGUAAAUCAGAUUAUAUUAAAUGCAGAUAUAAAUUUGCAUUCACUUAAAAUACCUUCUCGUUUAAGACACCAAACAGGCCCAAUAUUGUCUUGUCCGCUGAGUCUGUUUGCAUCCAAUUGGAUUUUGUGGAAGUUAUCUAUGUCUGCUUAAUUUUAUAAUAAAUCUCUUGAAUUAUUACAAUGAAUUGGAUGCUGAGACUUCUCGCUACUGUAGCAGAGUUAAUAAAUCUGAUCUCUGCUGAAUUGGCUCUCAAAGAGAAAGCACGAUCACUAGGGCCUGUGGAGUUUACAGCCUUAUUUACACUGAACAAAAAUGUAAACGCACUGAGUUACAGUUCAUAUAAGGAAAUCAGUCAAUGUGAAAUAAAUUCAUUAGGCCCUAAUCUAUGUAUUUCACAUGACUGGGAAUACAGAUAUGCACAGAUACCUUAAAAAAAGUAGGGGGUGUGGAUCAGAAAACCAGUCAGUAUCUGGUGUGACCACCAUUUGCCUCAUGCAGCGUGACACAUCUCCUUCGCGUAGAGUUGAUCAGGCUGUUGAUUGUGGACUGUGGAAUGUUUUCCCACUCCUCUUCAAUGGCUGUGCGAAGAUGCUGGGUAUUGGCGGGAACUGGAAUACGCUGUCGUACACGUCGAUCCAGAGCAUCCCAAACAUGCUCAAUGGGUGACAUGUCUGGUGAGUAUGCAGGCCAUGGAAGAACUGAGGCAUUUUCAGCUUCCAGGAAUUGUGUACAGAUCCUUGCAACGUGGGGCUGUGCAUUAUCAUGCUGAAACAUGGUGAUGGUGGCAGAUGAAUGGCACGACAAUGGGCCUCAGAAUCUCUUCACGGUAUCUCUGCAUUCAAAUUGCCAUCGAUAAAAUGCAAUUGUGUUCAUUGUCCGUAGCUUAUGCUUGCCCAUACCAUAACCCCACCGCCACCAUGGGACACUCUGUUCACAACGUUGACAUCAACAAACCGCCCGCUCACACAACGCCAUACCAUCUGCCCGGUAGAGUUGAAACCGAGAUUCAUCCGUGAAGGGCACAGUUCUCCAGUGUGCCAGUGGCCAUCGAAGGUGAGCAUUUGCCCACUGAAGGUGAAUACCCUGGUGAGGAUGAGAACAACAGAAGAGACAGUUUCUGACAGUUUGUGCAGAAAUUCUUCAGUUGUACAAACCUGUCUGGGUAAAUGAUCCAAGACGAUUCCGCGGGUGAAGAAGCCAGAUGUGGAGGUCCUGGGUUGGCGUGGUUACACGUGGUCUGCGGAUGUGAAGCCGGUUGGACGUAUGACAAAUUCUCUACAGUCAGCAUGCCAAUUGCACGCUCCCUCAAAACUUGAGACAUCUGUGGCAUUGUGUUGUGACAAAACUGCACAAUUUAGAGUGGCCUUUUAUUGUCCCCAGCACAUGGUGCACUUGUGUAAUGAUCAUGCUGUUUAAUCAGCUUCUUGAUAUGCCACACCUGUCAGGAGGAUGGAUUAUCUUGGCAAAGGAGAAAUGCUCAAUAUCAGGGAUAUAAACAAAUUUGUACACAACAUUUGAGAAAUAAGCUUUUUUGUGCAUAUGGACAAUUUCUGAGAUCCUUUAUUUCAGCUCCUGAAACAUGGGACCAACUAUUUUUUACAUGUUUUUGUUUAGUAUAGAAUACCUGUCUCUUGAGAUUGUGCUUGUCACUCAUUUUACUCUCACAGAGUGUCUGUAGCACUCUUGCUCUGAGACGUUGAGUUGAAGGCCCCCACCAUGUCCAGUGUAGACUGUCUUCACCUGUAGAGAAGGCCUCUCCAGAUGACCGCCCUAGCCCAGUCUGCUGUACUGCAUGUCAGAAGUGCACAUCAGGCUGAUGAAAUCCAACUGGAGAAAUGCUGUGGAGUUCAGCCUGGAGCAGGGAGAGAGCUAGGUGCUAUAGUGAAGGGUGCGUUGUGUCCAAGGUGGAUACAGGACAUGUGGGGGCAAGAGCGAAAAUUCUAGAACUUUAGAUACUAAAGGAUUAGAGUACAUCUGCCAAUUCAGAAUGGAGCUGCCAAUUCAGACGAGCAGUCAGAUGGCAUACUAAUGCCUAUGGCUGCAUUCAAAUGGACAUUGGUCACUGGAAAUAGAGGUUGGAGAAUAUGGACACUUUGGAUGGGAUUCGGAGGCAUAUACUACCCACCUGCAAAUGAGAAAUUCUCAGGUACAGGUUGCCCGGGCAGCGUCCCAUUUAGAUUUUUGCUAUUUGCUACUGAUGGUUGUUAUGGGGGCUAGGGCGUUUUCACUCAGGAGUUGUUCGUGAGGACUAGUCAGGAAUGGAUUGGCAUCGCUACAGUGUUUUGGUGGAAAGUUGGCUCUCGCCAGAGAACGCAGGGGCCUAUGCCAGCUUCACAGACCCCGGUAUCACAGCGCCAUCUUAGGGCUGUCAAAAUGUCUGGCACCCCCACUGACUGCCUUGGCAUGGCAAAUGUGGCAUACACUGCACCUUCGCAGCCCCCCAUAAAAGCACAGUGAUCACGACACAGAGGGGGACUGAUGGGCGCUUGUGGCUAGCCCCUAAUGAAGGCUUCACCAAGGUCUCUCUGUUACUGCCAGCUGGGCGCUCGCAAAGGCACCGUUCACACACACGCUCUUUGUCGACCCAUACAGCUGGAGCGCUGAGGAAAAGCAACAUUAGCGAGAGAGUGAGCGCUCUGAAACACUACGAUUUUGCCUGAUUAAGCUUUUAGGGGGAAAAAGAGCUAAGUGGAAAAUGGCUCCCAUUUGUAAACCCAAUGUUUUUACUUUAAAAGUAUGUCUUAAGUGCUAUGAACUCAAUGCAAGCUUUCAGCUCAAAGGAAAGGGCGAGGCCGUUGGAAAAGCAGACGUUCUUAUUGGUUAUCUGCCCCUCAUCAGCGAGUUCGCGAUUCUCUCCAAUGAGAGUCAUCAGCCCAUAGAGUAUAGAAUACUAGAGUGGCUUAUGCCAUUUUAUAUUUCUAUGGAUCUGCCCCGCUCUCUAUCACACGUGUUGCAGCAUUCUGAAACCGCACCACAGCACUGUUUUCUAGGAUGACAACCCCUUUGCGUAAGCCUCCCUUGGCCCCUGUGUCACCCCUGCCGAAAAAACACAACAGCCGCCAUUUUCUAACAAACCAUAGCUGAACUGGACUGGGCAGACUUUAAGUAUCCAAUCUGCAUAGUCCUUCUCUCUCUGUGUGUGUGCAUGUGCGAGGCUGUUGCCCUAACCGCUGACAUGGGGCCCCAGGAGAGUACAUUAGCAGGUAUUUAAGGGUGUCCUUGUUUCCUAGAAUCUCCCUCAGUUGGCCAACCUAAGGCCCUAAGAGUCAGGAUCUGGACCUGUGUUUACUCUUUGUGUCCACGUUGUGGACAAGAUGGGACAUGGCAGCAAAAUAUACGGUGUAGCCUCUGGGUUGAAUCAGAAAAAGGUAGCUACCUUGUCGCACUGUUUGUAUGCAGACUAGAUUUAAUCUCUGCUGUCCAUCUCGAUUUCAUGAGGAGACGUGAAUUGCUAGCCACAGCAAGGCCUGAUGUGAUGUAAGAGAACAACCACAGCAGACCUGGGUUCAAAUAGCAGGCUCAAUGAAAUCCAUAAUAGUAUUUUAAAUAAAACAAAUCUUAGUUGGAGCCAGGUAUGAACCAGACCAUGUCAAUAUGAGGCUUGAUUACUAUACAUAUUUAGCGUAUUGCUUACUGUAUCACUAGCUUUCCAGUGUUUUCCCCUGUGACCCUUUCGUCUCUUCUUUCUAUUGUGUUUGGUAUAAAACCAGGAAAUUGGCUAAGAAGCGCAAGGAGACACUGAGCAGCACACGUCAGGAGAUGACCGUGAUGGUGAACUCCAUGGACAAGAGCUACACGGAGCAGGGCACCAACUGUGACGAGGCCAUCUCCUUCAUGGACACCCACAGCCACACACUCAACGGGAGAAGUGAGUGUCCAACAACAGGGCAUUGUGGGUGGGUGGCUGGGGAGUCUGGAGGGCUUUUCACACUGAGCUGAACCCAGCCAAACCAAGCUGUACUGAGCUGGCCUGGUUACACGUUCACAUUAGUUGCUGGAACCGUAGUGGAAAGGACAAUGUGAAAAUAAAAACAUAUUAGAGUAACACAUUUUGGUUUAGGUGGGCACAAUAGUGUGAAAAGGCUAUAGGUAACAUGGAGUAACGCUGGUACAUUAGAGCAAUUUCUUAAAAUUCUAAACAAAUUCUGUUUUAUCAAUGAUCAAGUCAUGUGAAAAACCCUCUACCCAAGCAUGUUAGACAUUUCUUCAGUUUUGUUUACUUAUUAAGCAGCUCAACUAUAAUUUGCAGAUCCAGCGUCUAAAUAAGGAUAGUCUCAGAGCUGUAGCUCAGCUGGUAGAGCACGGCGCUUGUAACGCCAAGGUAGUGGGUUCGAUCCCCGGGACCACCCAUACACAAAAAAAAUGUAUGCACGCAUGACUGUAAGUCGCUUUGGAUAAAAGCGUCUGCUAAAUGGCAUAUUACAUUUUCAAAAAAAUAUUAAAAUCUUACUCCCUUCAUUUUCCAAAGCUUUCAAUGCUUUAAUCUUUGUUUCUGAUCCUGAGCCCAUUUAAAACCCUUCUUACCUAUUUCUAGCCUUUUAUUUCCCUCCCAUUGCCUCUAUGGGUAUCCCAUGUUGACACAUGAGUGGGGGGAGGCGUAGAUCUUUUUAAAAAAAUACAUUUUUGUAAUUUAGAAGAUGCUCUUAUUCAGACCGAUUUACAGGAGCGAUUAGGGUUAAGUUCCUUGCUCAAGGGCACAUUGACAGAUUUUUCACCUAGUUGGCUCGGGGAUUCGAACCAGCGAGCUUUCGGUUACUGGCCCAAUGCUCUUAAUCGCUAGGCUACCUGCCGCCCUCUAUCUCCCCCAUCUGUCAUGUUUCUACCCCCUCUGGCAUUGCUCCUCACCCCAGGGACAGCUGACCCUGGCUGGGGUACAAUCCCCUAAACCCCCCCACCAACGGUGGUCCCCAGGCCCAGACAUUAGAGUCAGCAGAUCACCAUCUGAUUUCCCCCUUGUACCCCCGAACCCCCCCCCCUCCGCUUCCAAAUGCCCCCAUCCCUCACAACUAUAAGACAUUAAGACAUCCCUUCAUUAUGAGGAUCUCCAGCAUUAUAAUCUCUAUAUUUCUUAGACCUCCUUAUAUCUCUGGUACUGGAGAGUAAAUAAGUCACAAACCCUGAAGACAGAGUUUUCUGUCUUUCAACUCUGAAGGCUAGGAGGUGCCAGGGUCACUAGGUAUUUCUUCUCUCUCCCCUCUCCACCUCGCGCUCCUCUCAUCUGUCUGUCAAAGGAAAAAGGGGACAGGAGCGAGAACACGACCGUGAAUGAGUCUUGGAUCGUUUGGCGCUCGUUUAAUAUUGCAGGAGGGGAACACCAUUUCUGCCUGACAGGGCCGGCUGACGUGUCGCCGGGCAGAUUGGAGUGGCCUGGGAAACAUAGGGGAUAAAUAAAUAAACAUGCUCUCAUUGGACGGCAGAGCCAUUCAGCCAUGACCUUAUCCCGCUGUCUAUCACAAUAUCCUUGACUAACAGCAGGGUCACUGUAGGCAACUUAUGGCAGCUGUCUGAUGGCGACCGACAAAAAUGGCGACCAUCGCUCAGUGGACUGUGCCGGUUUUAUCAACGAACCGGCUGAACUUUAUUGAUUUGGCUGAAUAUGUUGUAUGAACACAGGCCGUUGUUGUUACUAACUCAAAAAUACAGUCAUUAAAAAGCAUUAGAGUACUUGUAUCCAUAUGCGUAACCAGAACAGUAAAUAGUGAAAAAUCUUAGUUUCUUGACAUUAUUCCACUUGUUAAAUUGACUUUGUCAGGGGACAUGCAAAAGCUACAAGCCUAUCCUAGGCACGGGAAGCUAAUGGCUUUAGGAAGGGAAGUGAACACACGCUUCCCCGAUUCUAUGUUUUAAUUUGAGCCAACCUUUUAUUUAGCCAGAACUGGAAGCCAAAUACAUUGUUUGAUUCCUACAGAUCUUCUAGAAAUAUACUAUUACUUCUUCCACUGAAGUUUAUUGACCAUUGUGUUACUGCGUGCUCUCUCUCUCUUGCUAAAAGCUGCCACCUCUCCCUCAUCAUUCACCAUGAAGACUAACACAAUCAGCACGUCUGUACCCACCUCCUACUACCCAGGUAAACUACCUCACCUUUUAACUCCUUCUGCUUCUACUCCUUCUGACCUCUUAUGACCCUUGACCUCCAAAUGACCCCUUGAACUUUACCUCUUUAACGAAUGGCCAAUCCCGAUCUAGACGCCUGUGCCUUUGUUUGAUAAACGGUUUGUUUGAUCUAAUGGUGGCCUGCAAAAACAAUGUAAUGGUUCCUGUUUUCUUUUUGCCUGCAGUUUUAAUUGCUCUAUAGCGUUUGCAUACUAUUCCCGCCCUAUUUGGGACAACCAUUUUGAGCCAUAUUGGUAGAUUGAUUUUAAUUGAUCUGUAUGUAUAUUAUAUUCGAUGGAUAAUGUUGGACAUGAUCUAUAUUUAACUGACUUAGUUAUAUUGUUAUAUUGUUAAAAAUGAACUAUUGAUGCCGUUCUACCAUUGGGGGUUUUCUUUGUCUCUCUUGAUGAUAACAAACUGUAACUGCUCUGCUAUAAUGUUGCUGUCUUACCUGGAGGGGGAAGCACAUCACCCUAUUCACUGCUAUAUUCUCUCUUCUUUGUUAACACCCUACUCUGCACUGGUUUUGGGUUGUGGGCAGAUCCCUUUGUGCCAACCGCUAUCUUGGGUGAGAAAACAUUCUUUUUUUUUUUUCCUACAAUGUAUUCCUUAUGCUUAUAGACCAACUGAGACUUACUACUCCAAAAUAGACCAAGUGCUGUGCAUUUGAGGGAAGGAGAGUCAGAGAGAGAGAGAGCGAGGGAGAGCGAGAAAGAGAGUCAGAGAGAGAUGGAGAUAGUGAUUUGGAUUGGUUUGUUUCCUGAUAAUGGCUUUCACACAUCCAUACAUGCCUGCUUUUCUUUCUUUGUCAGACCAGAAGGUUUUGUUUCUUUCUAAUCAAGCUGAGGUUGGCUAAUUCACUCCAUCCCAUCCGCAUUCCGUGUCGUGCGCGUGACGUCACGUAUGUCUAUGACCUCUCAUAUGCAUGGACAGAUAAUGUGGACUGGAUGAGGGGGAGUGGCACAGCAAACAAACUAAAAAUAUCCAUACAAACAGACAAAGUAGUUCCCAUUGCCAUAGCAACAAACAUGUAGAGAAGUAGCAAACAUUGGAGAGCUCCUGGGCAAAGUUAAGGAAUGACACACUUGUGUUAAUAUAUCAAUGUAAUUAUUGCCUAACCUACCCUAAUAAACUCCUUCAGAACAAUAGUCAGUUUCAACCCCUUUCAUUUAGAGAAACGUUUCAAUAUCUUUGUCUUGGUAGGAGGUUUGUUGUGCAGCCAGGUACAGUAGACAACAUACAGUGCAUUUGGAAAGUAUUCAGACCCCUUGACUUUUUCCACAUUUUAUUACGUUAGACUUAUUCUAAAAUCGAUUAAAUUAAUGUUUUUCCUCAUCAAUCUACACACAAUACCCCAUAAUGACAAAGUGAAAACAGGUUUUUAUAAAUGUUUGCAAAUUUAUAAAAAAUGUAAAACAGAAAUACCUUAUUUACAUAAGUAUUCAGACCCUUUGCUAUGAGAUUCGAAAUUGAGCUCCGGUGCAUCCUGUUUCCAUUGAUCAUCCUUGAGAUGUUUCUACAACAUUGGAGUCCACCUGUGGUAAAUUCAAUAGAUUGGACAUGAUUUGGAAAGGCACACACCUGUCUAUAAAAGGUCCCACCGUUGCAUUUCAGAGCAAAAACCAAGCCAUGAGGUCGAAGGAAUUGUCCGUAGAGCUCCGAGACAGGAUUGUGUCGAGGCACAGAUCUGGGUAAGGGUACCAAAAAAUGUCUGCAGCUUUAAAGGUUCCCAAGAACUCAGUGGCCUCCAUCAUUCUUAAAUGGAAGAAGGUUGGAACCACCAACACUCUUCCUAGAGCUGGCCGCCCGACCAAACUGAGCAAUCGGGGGAGAAGGGCCUUGGUCAGGGAGGUGACCAAGAACCCAAUGGUCACUCUGACAGAGCUCCAGAGUUCCUCUGUGGAGAUGGGAGAACCUUCCAGAAGGACAACCAUCUCUGCAGCACUCCACCAAUCAGGCCUUUAUGGUAGUGUGACCAGACGGAAGCCACUCCUCAGUAAAAGGCACAUGACAGCCUGCUUGGAGUUUGCCAAAAGGUACCUAAAGACUUGAGAAUGAAUGAGAAAGAAUGAGAAACAAGAUUCUCUGGUCUGAUGAAACCAACAUUGAACUCUUUGGCCUGAAUGCCAAGCGUCACAUCUGGAAGAAACCUGGCACCAUCCCUACGGUGAAGCAUGGUGGUGGCAGGAUCAUGCUGUGUGGAUGUUUUUCAGCGGCAGGGACUUGGAGACUAGUCAGGAUCGAGGGAAAGAUUAACGGAGCAAAGUACAGAGAGAUCCUUGAUGAAAACCUGCUCCAGAGUGCUCCGGACCUCAGACUGGGGCGAAGGUUCUCCUUCCAACAGGACAACGACCCUAAGCACACAGCCAAGACAACACAGGAAUUGCUUCGGGAUAAGUCUCUGAAUGUCUUUAAGUGGCCCAGCCAGAGCCCAGACUUUAACCCGAUUGAACAUGUCUGGAGAGGCCUGAAAAUUGCUGUGCAGCAAUGCUCCCCAUCUAACCUGACAGCUUGAGAGGAUCUGCAGAGAAGAAUGGGAGAAACUCCCCAAAUACAGGUGUGCCAAGCUUGUAGCGUCAUACCCAAGACUCGAGGCUGUAAUCGCUGCCAAAGGUGCUUCAACAAAGUACCGAGUAAAGGGUCUGAAUACUUAUGUAAAUGUGAUAUUUCAGAUAUAUAAUCAUUUCUUGUUGCAAAACUUUCUAAAAACCUGUUUUUGCUUUGUCGUUAUGGGGUAUUGUGUGUAGAUUUAGGAUAUUCUUUUUUUAAAUUCCAUUUUAGAAUAAGGCUGUAACAAAAUGUGGAAAAAGUCAAGGCGUCUGAAUACUUUCCAAAUGCGCUGUACAAACACCACAUGUAGACAUUUGACAGACACAUUUCAACAUACAGUUAAAUGUUAUUAUUUUUUUUCAGAUAAAUGUACACACUUCAGGCUAGUAGAGAUACUGAACACAACAGUGUUUCAAGGAAGAAUGGCAUUAGUGAUUUUCUAGAUGUUUCCUCGGAUAAGGGCCCUGUGUUCACAUUCAACAUUUACAACACCACAGAAGGUUACCUGGUGGUUCCACUUGUUUUCUAGAGAGGUUUUCAAACGUUAUCUGGAGAUGUUUUUUACUAGUUAAACAGAUUUGGCAAAUGUCAAACGAAAAUUUAAUUCAUUCAGAAAACAAAAUGUUUUUGUUCUUAAUCAUGUCUUUGUCACCAUUGAUUUACAUUGAAAUGGUCAAUUCUAGGUGAUUCCAACCAAAUUAACAAAACCCCAACUAAAGUGUCCCAGAUCUAGCUUUCUGUGAGGUGUCCAAUUGAACUGAAUAGUUGGUUAGGACAGGACUCCUGGAAAGGCAAAAACAUGUUGGUGCCUAGAAACAGCUAGAGAAAAUGAAAACUGUGCAGGUGCUCAUGCCUAAACUUUAUACCCUGUUUCCUUUCUCUUCUUCUCUUUUUCACAUUUAACCUGUUAUCCUCUAAUAAAGUGCCCAUUAAUGGUAAGUUGCCAGUCUGCCCUGUAUUCUCUGGGGUGAGGAGGUGUGUGUGUGUGUGUGCAUCAUGCUAUUGAAUAGGGGCUUGCCUUGUCUUGGGGCCUGCUCUCCCAUCUUGUGUUGCCACGCAUGCACUUGUGUUAGCGCAUCUCACGCCCCCCUUACCCCUGUGAAGCCAUUAGCUAGCAUGGUGGUCCGACUCCACCCGUGGACAGUGUUGCCUCAUGCAUAAGUGGACUAUGUGACGUCCCACCCCCACUCCACAACCCCUCCCCCCACUUUGUUGAAAGUGGGUGUCAUGCCUCUGACAUUUUUUAAAAACGGUUUCCCAUUAGACAGAGUUACCGACCAGGGUACCCACUUCAUUUGAUCGUGCACCCACGUCAUCCAUCCACCGCCGCCAUUCCAUCAUUUGUGCAACUUCAUUUUGCCAUUGGUCGAUUUUGUGGAUAGAAAAGUUUAUAUUGAGAACUUAGCCACAAGCUAGCGUUAUGAGAACUGAGGGCUAUGGUAGCAUCAAUAGAAAUAAAGCAAUCUCUUUCCCCUCAUCGUACAAUGUAAAUAGAUUUAUUGUGCCCCAUCAUGUCAUCUGUUAAGAUACGAGCUCCAUUAUUUUGUGUUCACCAUGUUUUAAAGCACUGUAAUAACUAGUUUAGCACAAAGUAGUUUAUAAGUAACUCCUUUUCAUUUCAUGUUUUCUCAUUGAAUAACUUUAUAUUGUGACCCUGUAUUCAUCCAUUAUAAUGUCAAGAGUGUUUUCCUAUUCUAUGUCUGUACGGGGUUGUGGGGCGCUCCAGUCCUGACCAGUGUCUGUAUGUGUGUGUCCUCGUCCCUCCUCUCCUGGGUUUCUAGACGAGAACCACACCAUGACCAGUGACACCAGUAGUUUGGUCCAGUCCCACAGCCACUCCUAUAAGAAGAAGAGGGAGGUGGCGGAUGUGCCCCCUUACCAGACGGGUCAGCUCCACCCGGCCAUCCGCGUUGCCGACCUGCUACAGCACAUCACCCAGAUGAAGUGUGCCGAGGGCUACGGCUUCAAGGAGGAGUACGAGGUGAGAGCCCCAACUGCCUGCCUAAUGUAGGGUCCCACCCUCUCCUCAAUCACGAGGCACAUCCUCACACACACACAAAUGUCCUCACAUAUCACAAUGUCCUCACAUAUCACAAUGCCCUGACACACACAAUGUCCUCGCAUACCACGCUGUCCACACACACACACACACACACACACACACACACACACAAUGUACUCGCAUACCACAAUGUCAUCACACACCACCAAUGUCCUCACACACCACCAAUGUCCUCACACACACACACACACACACACACCCAAUGUCAUCACACACCACCAAUGUCCUCACACACACACACAAUGUCCUCACACCACCAAUGUGCUCACAUAUCACUUCACCAGUCAGUCUGUCUCUGUAGACUCUAAAGCCAGCCAAGCCAGUGGGUCCUUGGUUGGCUUUCUUUCUCCUUUUUUUUCUGUUUCUUUUUCUUUUGUUUAUAUUCAUUGUUUGUUGAUUUUGGUGUUACACUUUUUGUCGCUGCAAAUUAACUUCUCAUUAGCUAUUAUUGCACAAAAUGCACCAGUUUUGUGUCCACACACUCCUUCCGUUCCAAUGUUUGUCACCACUGAAUUCUUCUGGCUCCUGCAGUUUGUUGACUGCACGCCACACUGCUUAGAUCUUACUGCCCCAUUGACAGCAUCCAUUUGGCUACCUAGCAAUGCUAAACAACCGCCCUGGUUCAAAAAUGUGCCUUGUAAAUCUUUAAAAUCCUACAGCACACACACACACACACACACACUAAGGGGCGAUUUCCGAGGCUGAGACUGUGUUAAUGGCUGAGACGGUUGCGAGUUGCCAGCUCUGCCUAGAGUCUGUAUAUGUGAAUUAUAUGGGAACAGCACUUCUCUCCAGAAGCUGAUGACAAAGCUAACGACUGUCACAGCAGUACCUUAUUCCCUCGCCCUCACAUAGUGUGUGUGUGUGUGUGUGUGUGUGUGUGUGUGUACAUACUGUAUACACAAGCUACCUCACUCACCUUCCAACCCAUCACUAGGGAAUUUCUACCUUUUCUACUGAGGGUAUUUACCAGUAGUGUAAAGUACUUAAGUAAAAAUACUUGAAAGUACUACUUAAGUAGUUUCUGGGGGUAUCUGUACUUUAUUUUACUUUUGCUUUUACUUCACUACAUUCCUAAAGAAAAUAAUGUACUUUUUACUCCAUACAUUUUCCCUGACACCCAAAAGUACUCGUUACAUUUUGAAUGCUUAGCAGAACAGGAAAAUGGUGCCAUUCACACACUUAUCAAGGGAACAUCCCUGGUCAUCCCUACUGCCUUUGAUCUGGCAGACUCAAUAAACACACAUGCUUCAUUUGUAAAUGAUGUCUGAGUGUUGGAGCGUGCCGCUGGCUAUCCGUAAAAAAAGGAAAUGGUGCCGUAUGGUUUGCUUAAUAUAAGGAAUUUUAAAUGAUUUUUACUUUUGAGAUUUUAGAAAUUACAUUUACUUUUGAUACUUAAGUACAUUUAAAACCAAAUACUUUUAGACUUUUACUCAAGUAAUAUUUUACUGGGUGACUUUCACUUUUACUUGAGUCAUUUUCUGUUAAGGUAUCUUUACUUUUACUCAAGUAUGACAAUUAGGUACUUUUUCCACCACUGGUAUAUACCUGUAAUGAACUAUCCACCAUCCCCCCUUUAUUUUGUUAUACCCACUAACACAUUAAACAACACUGGAAUCAAAUCAAUAAUUUAAUAUCCCAUGUCCGGGCCUGGCCCUGUGGUUUGGGGCUUUCCUCAGGGCUCAAUUCAUUAUGGAUAUAGAUGGAUGAUUUUUAGGGCUUAUGUAGGCUGCAAGUGCAAUAAUACAUUAUUGCCAGUCAAAAAAAUACAGUGCAGAAUACUUGAUGCCCCCCCUCCACCCUUCCAUCUGAAAGUGCUUCUCUUCACAGUUUUUCUAUUGUUUUCUACCUUUCUAUUUGUAAUGCCGCUAAAAGUUAGAGACGGCGAAUAAUUGUAGUGUCUUUUUCUUUUCGUUUCGUUUUCUGUUUACUGCUACCACUGUCUUUUCUGUUCUCUCUAAACACGACGAGCUAAACUGAUCAAUUCUAAUCUCUCCCCCGAUUCCAUGCUUCUUGUUAUUCAAUAACGUUAUCUAUGGAAAAGAUAAACGAGGUAAGCAAGUCCCCUUUUUGGUUUGAUUGAAAAAUUUGUUUUUAGAUUGUUGCUUUGUCGUAGUAGUACAGAAACCCUAGAUGCAGCUGUCUCACAACCUAUAGCUCCUGAUAUUGAUUAUAAUUCUUUCUUCGAUACCUGCUGUUGGUUGUCUGUGUCCAAAAACAUGCAUUUAACAGCCCCCCCCAAAGUAAGCCUACAAACCACAAAAUACAACAACAACAAACAUGAUCUGAUCAGAAUUAAUCCCCCUGGUCAAUGAGAAUCAAAGAAUGGUGAAAUGAGUGGCGUUAAGUUGACACUACAGUACAGAGCAGAGGUCGUGUCUAAUGGACGUGUUUGUAGACAAAACACACUCCGCAUUCAUCCCAGACACACGAGAGAUCUCCCGUAGUUCAGGCCUGUCUCUGCUUCAAAGGCAAAAAAGCAUCUUUGAUUUGUGUUGAUGAUAAUGCAGUCAGACGCCAUUUGAAUUCUUAAGUCAUGAAAGACUGCUCUCUUGGUAUGAUAUGUCACAUCCGAAAAAUAACUAAAAAGAAAGACUGGCAGAAUAUGAUCAUACUUACACUGAACAAAAAUAUAAACGCAACAUGCAACAAUUUCAAAGAUUUUACUAAGUUACAGUUCAUAUAAGGAAAUCAGUCAAUUGAAAUAAAUGCAUUAGGCCCUAAUCUAUGGAUUUCACAUGACUGGGAAUACAGACAUGCAUCUGUUGGUCACAGAUACCUUAAAAAAAAAUGGCACGACAAUGGGGCUCAGGAUCUCGUCAUGGUAUCUCUAUGCAUUCAAAUUGCCAUCGAUAAAAUGCAAUUGUGUUCGUUGUCCAUAGCUUAUGCCUGCCCAUACGAUAACUCCACCGCCACCAUGGGGGCACUCUGUUCACAACGUUGACUUCAGCAAACCGCUCGCCCACAUGACGCCAUACACGCUGUCUGCCAUCUGCCCGAUACAGUUGAAACCGGGAUUCAUUCGUCAAGACCCUGGUGAGGACAACGAGCACGCAGAUGAGCUUCCCUGUGCCGAAAUUAUUUGGUUGUGCAAACCCACAGUUUCAUCAGCUUUCCAGGUAGCUGGUCUCAGGCGAUCCCACAGGUGAAGAAGCCGGAUGUGGAGGUCCUGGACUGACGUGGUUACACAUGGUCUGUGGUUGUGAGGCCAGUUGGAUGUACUGCCAAAUUCUCUAAAAUGACUUUGGAAGUGGUUUAUGGUAGAGAAAUGAACAUUCAAUGCUCUGGCAACAGCUCUGGUGGACAUUCCUGCAGUCAGCAUGCCAAUUGCACGCUCCCUCAAAACAUGAGACAUCUGUGGCAUUGUGUUGUGUGACACAACUGCACAUUUUAGAGUGGCCUUUUAUUGUCCCCAGCACAAGGUGCAUCUGUGUAAUGAUCAUGCUGUUUAAUCAGCUUCUUGAUAUGCCACACCUGUCAGGUGGAUGGAUUAUGUUGGCAAAGGAGAAAUGCUCACUAACAGGGAUCUAAACAAAUUUGUGCACAACAUUUGAGAGAAAUAAGCUUUAUGUGCAUAUGGAAAAUGUCUGGGAUCUUUUAUUUCAGUUCAUGAAACAUUGGACCAACACUUUACAUGUUGCGUUUAUAUUUGUGUUCAGUAUAGUUGAAACCAAUUGAGUCCUUGACCUUGGGGAGAACAAGUAUUUGAUACACUGCCGAUUUUGCAGGUUUUCCUACUUACAAAGCAUGUAGAGGUCUGUAAUUUUUAUCAUAGGUACACUUCAACUGUGAGAGACGGAAUCUAAAACUAAAAUCCAGAAAAUCACAUUGUAUGAUUUUGAAGUAAUUAAUUUGCAUUUUAUUGCAUGACAUAAGUAUUUGAUCACCUACCAACCAGUAAGAAUUCCGACUCUCACAGACCUGUUCGUUUUUCUUUAAGAAGCCCUCCUGUUCUCCACUCAUUACCUGUAUUAACUGCACCUGUUUGAAAUCGUUACCUGUAUAAAAGACACCUGUCCACACACUCAAUCAAACAGACUCCAACCUCUCCACAAUAGCCAAGACCAGAGAGCUGUGUAAGGACAUCAGGGAUAAAAUUGUAGACCUGCACAAGGCUGGGAUGGGCUACAGGACAAUAGGCAAACAGCUUGGUGAGAUGGCGCAAUUAUUAGAAAAUGGAAGAAGUUCAAGAUGACGGUCAAUCACCCUUGGUCUGGGGCUCCAUGCAAGAUCUCACCUCGUGGGGCAUCAAUGAUCAUGAGGAAGGUGAGGGAUCAGCCCAGAACUACACGGCAGGACCUGGUCAAUGACCUGAAGAGAGCUGGGACCACAGUCUCAAAGAAAACCAUUAGUAACACACUACGUCAUGGAUUAAAAUCCUGCAACACAGGCAAGGUCCCCCUGCUCAAGCCAGCGCAUGUCCAGGCCCGUCUGAAGUUUGCCAAUGACCAUCUGGAUGAUCCAGAGGAGGAAUGGGAGAAGGUCAUGUGGUCUGAUGAGACAAAAAUAGAGCUUUUUGGUCUAAACUCCACUCGCCGUGUUUGGAGGAAGAAGAAGGAUGAAUACAACCCCAAGAACACCAUCCCAACCGUGAAGCAUGGAGGUGGAAACAUCAUCAUUCUUUGGGGAUGCUUUUCUGCAAAGGGGACAGGACGACUGCACCGUAUUGAGGGGAGGAUGGAUGGGGCCAUGUAUCGCGAGAUCUUGGCCAACAACCCUCCUUCCCUCAGUAAGAGCAUUGAAGAUGGGUCGUGGCUGGGUCUUCCAGCAUGACAACGACCCGAAACACACAGCCAGGGCAACUAAGGAGUGGCUCCGUAAGAAGCAUCUCAAGGUCCUGGAGUGGCCUAGCCAGUCUUCAGACCUGAACCCAAUAGAAAAUCUUUGGAGGGAGCUGAAAGUCUGUAUUGCCCAGCGACAGCCCCGAAACCUGAAGGAUCUGGAGAAGGUCUGUAUGGAGGAGUGGGCCAAAAUCCCUGCUGCAGUGUGUGCAAACCUGGUCAAGACCUACAGGAAACGUAUGAUCUCUGUCAUUGCAAACAAAGGUUUCUGUACCAAAUAUUAAGUUCUGCUUUUCUGAUGUAUCAAAUACUUAUGUCAUGGAAUAAAAUGCAAAUUAAUUACUUAAAAAUCAUACAAUGUGAUUUUCCGUCUCUCACAGUUGAAGUGUACCUAUGAUAAAAAUUACAGACCUCUACAUGCUUUGUAAGUAGGAAAACCUGCAAAAUCGGCAGUGUAUCAAAUACUUGUUCUCCCCACUGUAUAUCAUCCAUUAAUAUGCUGCUUUUACUGUGACCUUGACUCAUGAGUAGCCCUUACUAUUUCUGCUUCAUAUCCACCUCCCUAACCACUACACCAUCUUACUCUGAAACACACUUUCCAGUGUUCAAAAUACAUCAUCAUAACACUUUUUUUCUCUCUCCUCAGAUUGGCUUCAUACAAGCAGCAUCUUCCAAGCAUUAUGUUAAUGCUGAAAUGUAUCUUUGUGCUUAUGAUUGUGCUGCCUACUGGUAAACACUUGAGAAAGCAUUGUGUGGGGUAAAAAUGCAGUGGAGCUGUUUUGUUGCUGAAGCUUUGUCUAAGCCCCCACCACAUCUGGUCCCUCUGAGGAGGGUUUUCAGUCUCUGUAGUCAGUAGUGUCAAGGGUGAAAUCACACGGGUGUUUUGGAAUCAGAAGGGGUUGUAUCACACCUCAGUGGGAGACUGAACACCAGUAGACAGCCAUUCAGAAGCUGCUGUGGGAACAAUGGCUUCCACACCAUUUGUUCACUUGUUUUUUUUGUAUAAGAUUUUGGAUAAGAGAACACCUUUGUUUGGAUUCAGUCCCGUGAGAGCCGACCAUAGAUCUCAUCUCAGUAGCUCUACUUCCAUGAAAAUCACCUGUGUAAUGCUUUGAAAAAGUUUGAGGGGGAUGAAAAGUAUGCAGGGCUUUGAAUUCAUUACUGGCUUUCCACCAUCCACCAAUCACCAUCCAACCAAGGCUUACUGGUGGGUGGUGGGAAAACCUGGCCAAUGGUAGAUUAGUAUGAUAGUGCCAAGGGGGAUAGAUGGAGCCUGGAGCUACCUCCUAGCCAUUUGACUUGUAAUUCUGCCACAGCUUGCUGCAAGGCUGCUAUGGAAGUUCAUAAUUCAAUAUUAUGUUUUAUAUUUAGCUAGACAUUUUUUCAUUAGUAUCCAACUUUUGGGUUAUUUAAUAGGCUCAGAAAAGCAUGUUGCGAACUCUAACAUGUCUUAAAUAAAAUUCUUAGAACCCAAUUUAGUAUUUUCCCUCAAUCCGCACAUUUCGUAGAAGUCUUGCAAACAGAAGAGACAUUGUUGCAAAAUCUAUUAUUUCUCAAAGCUAGCAGUAGAAUAUUACACCUGAACAAGAAAAAAAAAAAAAAGUACAACUAUGAAUAGUUUAUUUAUUUAUUUUUAAGGUAUUCUUUUUCUUGUUGACACCACUCACCCCUGAAGUUUGACAUGUCUAAAGCAGUUUGCGGCAACGUCGUUCUUCUACCGGCUCUCCCCCGCAAGUGUUGGACCACGCAUCUCAGAGAGAGAGAGAGAGAGAGAGAUUCUAUCUCUCCUCUCCUCCCCAGGUUCCCUCGCUCACCAGGGCAGCUCCUUGUCACUUCUUGCACAUGAAAAGAUAGCUCUCUCGAAAGACACACAGCAGCGAUGAAUAACAAACCAGCACCGCUUUGAAACUCUAAACCUAGAGAGGGAGACAGAUGGAGGGAGGAGACUAAGCAUCUGCAGUAUUGUCAACGUGUUAAACUGUGUUUAAUGUCUCUUUACUGCAGCCAGUUCUGAGACAUUCAGAGAGAGAGAAAGCAAUAUGCAUUCAACUACGGCCUGCUCUUCAAAGUGUCCCUUGUAGUGGCGGUUAACAAGGCCUGUAAGGGCACGUUUUUCCAACACCCAACUGUGCUUGGAAAAGGUCAAAUGAUAAGGCUGGUCUUUUAAAAGGUCAAAUGAUAAGGCUGGUCUUUUAAGCUCGUCACAAGGUGUACUCAAAGGAUUGUUUGCAGAUUAAAGCAGGAUUCCCUCGACACUAAAGACGUCAUCAGGAAAAUACAAACUUUAUUCCCUCCUCUCUGAUUACUCCUUCGUCCUCAUUUAGUCAAAUGGCCAUGUGAGCCCAUUGAUGACUGUUAAUAAAUGCCAUAUUUUCCCACCUUAGGCAUCCCAGUCACCACCUUUCAGAAAAUACCAAAAGUUCACCAUCUUCAUUUGAUUUGGCGGUGCCAUUUCCCUCAUUGUGUCUGUCACUGGGUGGGGUGGGGGUCGGCAGUGCGAAGAGGCUCCUCGCCAUGGGGACUGAGCUGUUGCCAUUAUCCACUCAGAGGACUGAUAAAGGCUUCUUGUUCUCGGAAUGAGUUCUGUGUCAUAUAAUUGACGGAAAGAAGCACGGGGCAAAAAUAGGAUCCACUGCAAGCAAUCAAAGCUAAUCAGAUCAAUUGUCUGAUGGGGCUAAGAGAGAGCAUGAGGUAUCGGAAAGAACGUUGGAUGGGUACGGCUAAAUAACAAUGCAUCAUUAUGAUCCAUUUACACGUUCCUGACACUCUUUGGAGAGGCUUUUUUGGGGGAAGAGGCAGCAGGCAGCUGGAGGAGACAUUAACUUACAGGGGGAAAGCAGUAGCCCCCAGCCUGGGUAAAGAACCAAUAAUCAACAGCACCACUCCAGCACUGACGUUUAUUUUCAUAAUUAGUCCUAAUUGCGUGUUCCGGUGCAAGAUCAGAAUGCCAAAAAACUCAUACUAUUAAUAAUUCAUGAGGUACUCAAGCAGAGUUUUCUGAUCAGGCGGGUGUGUAUUUAUUUAUUCUUCUAUUUCAUCUUACGGUAUGUAUCGGGGACUUUCAGAGGAGUAUGUGGGUACAGUUUGUAAAGGUGGUGUUGUUUCGGGGACUAGUCUUUCAGAGGAGUAUGUGGGUACAGUUUGUAAAGGUGGUGUUGUUUCGGGGACUAGUCUUUCAGAGGAGUAUGUGGGUACAGUUUGUAAAGUGUGGUCCUCUGUAGCUCAAUUGGUAGAGCACGGCGCUUGUAACACCAGGGUAGUGGGUUCGAUCCCCGGGACCACCCAUACGUAAAAAUGUAUGCACGCAUAACUGUAAGUCGCUUUGGAUAAAAGCGUCUGCUAAAUGGCAUAUUAUAAUAUUAUUAUUGUUAUUAUUAAAGGUGGUGUUCUACCUCAGUGAGGUUAGGGAGAUUCUGAUUGGCUACAGUGGUGGCCUAAUUCUCUGACAUCGCUCCUAGAAGGCCGUUCUCCUGCCUCCUUUCAUGUUUAAUAAUGAUGGGGAUAUAUAUCUCUGUUUUUAAUACUGUCCCCUCUUUUGACUGGAAAGGAUCCACUGCUGAGCUGGGCUGCCAUUUAAACAGCUGACCUCCGAACCCUUUGGACCUUUCAUGUCCCCCCGUUUAACAGUUGUCUCUCUCUCUCUCUCUCUCUCUCUCUCUCUCUCUCUCUCUCUCUCUCUCUCUCUCUCUCUCUCUCUCUCUCAGAGCUUCUUUGAAGGACAGUCUGCACCAUGGGACUCUGCCAAGAAAGACGAGAACAGGAUGAAGAACCGAUAUGGAAACAUCAUUGCAUGUGGGUACAAACAAUUCUUUUUUUGUGUUGUCAGUCAAGUCCCUAACAGUUAGAUAUGAAUUCUCAGUGUGGGCCUAUUUGUAAACAUUAUUGUGAAAAAUGUCAAGGCUGUAUUGUUUGUCCUCUAUUUUAGAGCAGCUUAUAGUUUGGAACAUAUGAAGUGGUUCUCCUGAAUGUUAACUAUGAGAACUGUGAUCAUUCUCUUCCUGAAAAUGUUGUCUUUAAGCUGUGAUCUUCACGCCAACUGACAUCCUACAUAUACACACAGGCAGUACUAAUUGCCUUUGCGAUUAUGAAAAUGAGCCCUGACUUGGGAACAAUUUCAGUUCUGGGCUUGAGACAUGGCUGAGGGUGACACACACACAUACCACCCUCACAGCUAUACCAGUCCCCCCAACGAGGAGACCGCUCCUGUCAUUUCCACGUCAAUAAGAUUCCGGGCACUUCCUGUCUCUGCAAAUGAGCAACCGACCAAUCACAGUUCUCCACACGACACGGCGGACAAUUAGCUGCAGGGCAUGUUGGGUGGACUGACAGUUUUCUGCUGGUUGUAAUAAUUAAAGUGAAUAAAUCAUUCAGAGUGAGUUAGCGUUUCCUCUGUAAAAUGGGAGAGAGAGAGAGAACAGAGUAGAUCGCUCUCCUAUUAGUCAAAUUGAAUUAUUUUGACUAAUGGAUAGAGACUUGUUUCAUAAUAGAGCUCUGUCAUGUGAUGAUUUUGAUUAAAUAGAGGCACACUUCACAGUGGUUGAUUGCCAAAGCUCAUUCUCGGCAACUAACUGGUGAUUUGGACUCUUUCACUGGGCCCAGAUCACACACUUUGAAUCCCAACAACAACUAAGAUCGAACUGAAACUGAACAGUGCUAGCGGAGUUCACUUACACACCAUUGUUGACUUGUACCCAAAUGAAUAGGGACAUAUUAACCCAGGAAAAGGCUUCCUUCUAUGGGGCAUACGUUAAGAGACCAGCACAGUGACCUGGUAGUUGUACAUGCAGGAGUUGAUGACCUUAAACUCCAUAUUCCCUAUCCUCCUCAGGGAUGGGAUACCAGUGUUUUCCUCUCUGUCUCAUUAAUAUUACUAAUGAGGACUUGUUUUUCUCUCUCUCUGUCCUGUCUGUCCUGUCUUCCUCCAGAUGAUCACUCCCGUGUCCGGCUGCAGGCUGUAGAGGGAGAGCAGAGCUCCGACUACAUUAAUGCAAAUUACGUGGAUGUGAGUACAACACCAGCCAGGGUUUAGACAGAAAGGUCAGCCAGCGUGUGGGUGGCAUAGCUCUCAGAUGGAAUGAGAUGAUGAAAAGGCUGCUGUUAUAGACCCCCAAUCCUCUCAACCUCCCCACCCCGCUCUCCUCUUCUUCCCAGAGAGCGAGAGAGAGAGAAAAAAAAGAGAUGGGGCAUUGAUCCAGACAGCAAGUUUGCCUUUGAUUUUUCCAACCCCCAGAAGUAAACAGAGCCCACGCUUUGGGACACGGACUCUCAAACAUAAACAAACAGCGGGUCUCGGUAAACACACGCUCACAAACACACACUGGCAACCGUGCUGGGCAACAGAGCAGUGGUCCCCCCUGCUGCGAUCACGCCGGUUGCGUGAAAUUGAGGAAAAGCCUGUGUGACACUCCAAUGAAUCUGUCAUUGUGUCCAAAAACGAUAAGCCUCUGUACAAACUGUGAUUGUAAACUAUCAGAUGGCCAUGCAAGAGGCUGUUGUCUGGAAGAUGAUUGUACAACAUUGAUUUCAAUUCCAUUCUACCCAAAGGUGUUUCCUUCAGAGUGCUUUGGGGAAAGUGUUUAUCAAAAUACAAUUUACCGAUUUAUCCAGACAUUUAGGGGCGGAAGGUAGCCUAGUGGUUAAGCGCAUUGGGCCAGUAACCGAAAGGUUGCUGGUUUGAAUCCCCAAGCCGACUAGGUGAAACAUCUGUUGAUGUGCCCUUCAACAAGGCACUUAACCCUAAUCGCUCCUGUAAGUCGCUCUGGAUAAGUGACAAAAUGUUUCAAGAACUGAGUCAACUUCUCUGUUGAAUGUGGAGGCAGAUAGUGACACACUCUUGAGAUUUCCACCACUCACACACACACACACACACACACACACACACACACACACACACACACACACACAUAUUCAUAACAGAUCUGAGGCAAAUAUCAAUGCCUUUGACCGUAUGCAAGCGCCAUGUGUCCUGUAUGUCCAGUCUGUAGAAUUAGAAUACUUUGUCCAACUCUACAGUCCGCACACGGUCUGCACACAGUCACGUCCAGCACAUAGGGAUGUUUGUUUGCUAAAAGCCCACCCCUUGUUUACCCUCCUGGCUAUCACUGUUGACAGAGUACAUUUUAUUUUCCUCUCCAGUCAACCAGCUGGCACAGUGCAACCCACGCCAACCAACCACCCCAUACUUAUCAUCUCCUCCUUUCUCCUCACCUCCCCCUCUACCACCACGCUGAGCUUUGCCUUCAUUUGUCAUUAGCCAUUAGUAGCAUUAGGGUUAGCUCCCUCCUUCAAAGGUAAAUGAGUGUAUAUUUGCAGUGCAGGUGGAACAAGUCGCUAGCUCUUUAAAUGAAAGGGCCUGUUAAUGAUCUACACACGCCCACAUUGGGUCUAAAUGUCGGGGACGUCGUCUUCAGGUGCUCGGAGAUUGGUGAAGAGAUAAUUAUGAAAGCAGCGGCUCUCAUUGUCAAUAGAGGUACCACCUGUUCUUAUAGUUCUCCAUAACCAGAAGUGAUCCAGAGCCAUUGUAUUUGCAUACAUGAUUGUUGUUUGGGUCUGGGCGGUGUGGUUACAAGGACAUUAUAUAGAGUGACAUCUGUUACGUUUCAAGAUGUUGCCCCUAGAAACUGAAUUGACAUUUGCAUUUCAAAUAAGGAUUUGUCACCCACCAAAUCGAUUUCAUAAGUAUUAGUCUUACAGUACUCAUUAGAACAUUGCAGAAAUAAAUGAUGGGUGUUUGUGUGUGUCCAGUCCUGUGUCUGUUAUGUUGAAUUAGCAUUCUACGGUUUGUCUAGCCGCUCUGCAGGUUAGCUGAUGAAGCUACUUGUAGCCUGACCCCAAGGAACUCGUGGUGAAUUAACCAUCAGGACACCUAUCAGGACACGGCCAUGAAGACUUGUACACUACCUCCCUCCGCUGCACCUGGCCUCUCCUCUCCCUGCAGACUCUGUCUGUCUGAAUCAAAUCAAAUCAAUACACACAUACAUGUGUUUAGCAGAUGUUAUAGUGGGUGUAGCGGAAUGCUUGUGCUUCUAGCUCCGACAGUGCAGUAAUAUCUAACAAUUUCACAACAAAUACCCAAUACACACAAAACUAGUAAGGAAUGGAAUUUAAGAAUAUAUACAUAUAUGGACAAGCAAUGACAGAGCGGCAUGGACUAAGAUACAGUAGAAUAUUAUAGAAUACAAUAUAUAUAUAUAUAUAUGAGAUGAGUAGUGCAAGAUAUGUAAACAUUAUUAAAGUGACUAGUGUUCCAUUUCUUAAAGUGGCCAGUGAUUUCAAUAGACAGCAGCAGACUCUAAUGUGUUAGUUUGCUUCUCCCUCACAGUGUUUCUGUAGCCUGGUCCAAGAUCUGUUUGUACUGUCUGGCAUGACGACGACCAUAGGAGUUGGCUAUAUAGCACAAACAGAUCUGGGACCAGGUGCGGUCAGUCAGUGAACUCUGCAGCAUGUGUGAGAGUGCUUGUCUCCCAGGAAACAGACUCAACAGAUCCCAAUCAAGUCUAAACCUUUCUUCCACCAUGAUGAUCACACAGAAUACGUGACCAGCCAAUGAACCCUUCUCCUAAUAGCCUCUCGCUAACUAACGCUAUAGUCAUAGUUGAUGUUCCUCACCAUGUGUGUUCCCACGGUGAGAAUUCCUCAAUAGUGUGUAGAGCAAGAGGAUAAACAACUCUUAUGGUGGACAAGGGAUAAAUAAAUAAUUUAAACAGCGCACUCAGCAACCAGAGCCCAGAGAGACAGAGAGCCCAGCCUAUCAGAGCCCAGAGAGACAGAGAGCCCAGCCUAUCAGAGCCCAGAGAGACAGAGAGCCCAGCCUAUCAGAGCCCAGAGAGACAGAGAGCCCAGCCUAUCAAAACCCAGCCUAUCAGAGCCCAGAGAGACAGAGAGCCCAGCCUAUCAGAGCCCAGCGAGACAGAGCCCAGCCUAAAAGAGCCCAACGAGACAGAGCCCAGCCUAUCAGAGCCCAGAGAGACAGAAAGCCCAGCCAAUCAGAGUAGAGGGAUGAAGUUUCCCUGUUAGAUUCAAUCCUUUUAUGUUCCACGUUGUGAACGUUAAUUACAGUUGAGGUAAAUGAAAAACGGCAGUGUUAAGAGCUGGACGAGAUGAAGACAAUGGCUCACACUUUGUGGCGCGUGGGAACGGCUCUUCACGCUAACGUUUAGCUUCCCACUUUGUACGGUAGGCCUCACUAGGAUACAAGAUGCUCGACAAAUGAAAUUUAAAGGGAUUAGAGUAAUCCUUAGGAGAUUGAGCGUAUUACGAAGAUGAGUCACACAAUAUGCAGUGGAAGAAUAGUACAACCGUGUGUGUGUACAGAUGUUGGAUCUUCAUUUGACCAGUAUUGUCACAGCAAAAUAAUCCUGCAGCAAUAGGAUUUGAAAGUUUAGUCCAUAAUGUUGCUUGAUCGAUGGUUAGACUAUUAGCUGCCCAAAAUUAGGAUACAUGAAAAGUGCAAUACUGUUAAUAUAAUUGCGUGUUAGUGUGGGUUUUAAGUGAAUUUAUGUAACUCAUGAAGCUCAUUUCCAUUUCCUGCAGUGCAGGAAAAUUCUCAGCAACAAAAGUGUUCAAAUUAAGAUCCUACACUUGUGUGUGUGUGUUCACUAACGUUAUAGUUGCUGGAAGCCGAAUCAACCUUUUCUUUCUAAUUGGUUUGACUUAUUUAGUCAUUUAAGACUAGAUUGCUGCUUUUGAAAUAUGUUUUCACCGCAGCAGGUUUUGCUUUUUGACUCAAGUAAACAAAUAUGCCCAUUAUACCGUAUUCCUUUGUGUUUUGACUGACAUCUAUGUGCUUAAAGUUUGUUUUUCUCCCUCGCUCUCUCUCUUUUUUGGAAUUCAGGGCUACCACAGGCCAAAUCACUACAUCUCUACCCAAGGUAAGAUCAGCAACACACCAUAUGCAUUCUCUUUUUCUGAAUAUUUUCAGUGUUGUUGUCAGAUCUGCAACUCUUCCGUCUGCUGUUCAGACUGACGGCCUCAUUAGAGCUGUCAACACGGAUAUACAGGAGAUGG